AUUUUGGUGAAGCUUAUCUUGAAGAUCAAUAAAGCUGUUAUAACUUGCUUCAUCAAAAGUUAUGCCCCUUAAAACCGCACAAACAAUGAAGGGUCGAAUCAUAGAUGUCUGCAACCAACAAAAAAGCAACAUAUUCUUUCAUUUCUAUUUCUUUUUGGCAAAGAUAUGGGAUAAGGACCUGAACUUGCACAAAAUUUGCAAUUCUAGACCCAAGCUUCCAUUGUGCUCAAUUAAGGUCUCAAACUAUAUGAAAUUCUCAAAUAAAGUCCCAAUUAGGUGGAAAAUUAACUUGCCAGCAAAUGUUAACUCACGAGUGUGACGGACAUUAAUGGAAUUGUAACAUUUUUGAUGGCAAGUUAAUAUUGCAUCAAAUUAGGGGAAGAAGGGCUUUGGGGGAAAGUUAUAAAGGGAAAAUAUGGAGGUAACGGGGGACAGUGGAUGGACUGGGUGAGAGAUGGAAGAAGAGUAGGAUCACUUUGGUGGAGAGACCUUCAAAGUCUCAAUGUGGGGGAGGAUGGGAAUGAGGGAUGGUUGACGGAGGGAUUUAGAAUGAAGAUAGGUGAAGGGAAAGGUGUGAGUUUUUGGUGGGAUGAAUGGUGUGGAGAGAACUGCCUAGCGAACAUAUAUCCUAGAUUGUAUGUCUUGUCAACAGGGAAGGAAAAAGAUUGUCAGCAAAUGGGAGAGGAUCACAACGGUACUUGGAAGUGGAACAUGACAUGGAGAAGGGCCCUGUUUCAGUGGGAGGAGGAGGCUGAAAAGGAACUGCAGAAGACAAUCGAAAAAGUCAAAAUCUCCCCAGGUUGUGCAGAUAGAUGGGAGUGGAUCCACAGCGUCGAUGGACAAUACUCGACGACAACAGCUUAUGCAGUACUAGCAAAACAAAGGAAGGAAGAUGAUGAGGAGAAAAUAUUCAAGAGAGUAUGGAAUCCAACCAUCCCAACAAAAGUAGCUGCAUUCAACUGGAGGGUAUUAAUGGAUAGAAUCCCAACUAGGAGUAACUUGUUCAAAUGGGGAAUCAUAAAAGAAGUGGAAGAAAGAAAAUGUGCUUUGUGUAUGGGAGAGGAGGAAGAUUCAAGCCAUUUGUUCUUGAACUGCAGUGUAGCUAAGUGGCUGUGGAAAGCCUGUACAAAGUGGUGGGGAGUCAAAAUAGUCUUACAAAAAGAAUGCUGGCCAACAUUUCAACACUUGAGAGCGUGGACAAAAAAGACAUACAAAAAGGAAGGCUGGGACUGCAUAUGGAAUGCAAUGUUAUGGACCGUGUGGAUGGCGCGCAACAAAAAGAUUUUCGACAAUGCAGAGGUAAACUUGAUUAAGCUUUUUGAUCUUAUUCAAUUAAGGUCUUUUGCUUGGAUCAAAGCUAGGAAACCCAAGUGUUACUUCAAUCUAUCAGACUGGUUAAUUAACCCUACUUCUUGCCUUGAUAAAGCAUAGUAGAAUAUGUUUGAAAGAGGGUAGUAACACUGAAGGGACUGUAAUUUGUUUUUGGAAAUGGGUUGAGUACCCCUUGUACUCAAGUUAUCAAUACAAAUUUCUUGGUUGU